UCCCUCCUUUCCCUCAGUGCGCUCUCUCUCUCUCUCUCUCUCUCUCUCUCUCUCUCUCUCUCUGUGGAGUGAGGAUCUUUGUUUGGCCUCUGCAAUCGUAUUUCCGUGUUAUAGGAAAAACAAGAAUUGCGCUUCAUCCCUCCGCAUAGGCCCCGCUCUAAGUUCAUUGAUCAGUCUCUUCCCCUCCCUUUUGUAUACUUUCCCCCUUUCUCCAUGGCAAUUUCUUUGAUGGGUUUCUCCCUCUUUUCACCCUGAAAUUAUGGGUUUUUCUCUCUCCUCUCCCCCUGCGACACUCAAAAGCAGUUCCUUCCUUUCUCAGGAAUCUCAGCUGGGUUUUGUCCGGAAACAGCAGUCAACAGUUAUCUCUACUCCAAAACCCGGACUUUUCCCAGCUUUCAUGGCGAAAAGACCAAGGGUUUUCUUUUUCCUUUUUGUUUUCACCUUCUUGGCGGUCCUUCGCUUGAGUUAAAUCUCGAAUCGAUGUUCUUCUGCCAAUCAGUCUCUUGGUGGUAACUGUUCUUUGUGUGCGUGUGUGUGUCUGGAGGAAGAACAAAGAAGAAUCAGUUCUUGUCCGGCCUGAGAAGAAAAAUGGCCUUUUGGUGCAUGUUAGUUCUUCUGAUUGCUGGGUUUCUGUCGAAAUCCGAGCUGGUGGAAGCUCAGCCAAGUGAAGGAGCCACAUUGAUCGCCAUUAACAGAGAGCUCGGAGUUGCUGGGUGGGGUGACAAUGGCACGGAUUACUGCACAUGGACCAGGCUCAAAUGUGGCGCCAACCACUCGUUUGUUGAAAUGCUUGAUCUUUCAGGGCUUCAGCUUAGAGGUAAUGUCACUCUAAUCUCUGAGCUCAAGAGCUUGAAACAUCUAGAUCUCUCGAGCAACAACUUCAACGGACCAAUCCCCCCGGCUCUUGGCAACUUGUCCGAGCUCGAGUUUCUUGAUUUGUCCCUGAACCGGUUUGCGGGGAAAAUUCCAGCAGAGUUGGGCAAGCUCAGGAGCCUCAGAGCCCUUAACCUUUCCAAUAACUUGCUAGUGGGAGAGAUACCUGACGAGCUUAUGCUUCUGGAUAAGCUGGAGGAGUUUCUGGUCUCUAGCAAUGGCUUGAACGGUUCCAUACCUGACUGGGUCGGGAAUCUGAACAAUCUCAGGGUUUUUACAGCCUACGAGAACGAACUGGCGGGCGAGAUACCUGAUGGGUUGGGCUCGGAAUCUGAAUUGGAGUUGUUGAAUCUUCACUCGAACCGGCUCGAGGGGAGGAUACCAGAGAGCAUCUUUGAAAAGGGUAAGCUCCAAGUUUUGGUCUUGACGCAGAAUAGGCUAACUGGCCAACUCCCACAAUCAGUAGGAAUCUGCAAUGGCCUUUCUAGCAUUAGGAUUGGGAAUAAUGAGCUUGUAGGAGUCAUUCCAAGGACAAUUGGAAACAUCAGCGCCCUUACUUACUUCGAAGCAGACAGUAACCAUCUCUCGGGUGAGAUUGUUGCAGAGUUUUCCAAGUGUUCUAAUCUCACUCUGCUAAAUUUGGCAUCAAACGGGUUGACAGGAUCCAUCCCCACAGAGCUUGGCCAGCUUAUGAAUCUUCAAGAGCUGAUCCUCUCGAGUAAUAGUCUCUACGGUGAUAUCCCGGAAUCGAUUCUCGGGUGCAAAAACCUCAAUAAGCUUGACUUGAGCAAUAACAGACUCAACGGCACCAUACCGAAGGAAAUCUGCAGCAUGCCAAGGCUUCAGUUCUUGCUCUUGGACCAGAAUUCCAUAAGAGGGGAGAUACCUCGCGAGAUCGGAAACUGUCUGAAGCUGCUUGAGCUACAACUGGGUAGGAAUGACUUGACUGGAACUAUCCCUCCCGCGAUCGGUCGGAUGAGGAAUUUGCAAAUAGCACUCAACCUGAGCUUCAAUAAUCUCCAUGGAUCGCUGCCUCCCGAGUUAGGGAAGCUUGACAAGUUGGUUUCUUUAGACGUCUCAAAUAAUCUGCUCACGGGUUCCAUACCGCAGUUGCUUAAAGGUAUGCUAAGCUUGAUCGAGGUGAAUUUCUCCAAUAACCUCCUGAAUGGCCCGGUUCCAAACUUUGUCCCCUUCCAAAAGUCGCCAAAUUCGAGCUUUUCUGGUAACAAAGGGCUUUGUGGGGAACCGUUGAGCUCUUCGUGCGGGUAUCCCGAUGGUCUGGAACACAUGAAAUACACUCACAGGGUUUCAUACAGGAUCGUCCUAGUGGUAAUUGGUUCUGGAGUGGCCGUCUUUGUAUCUGUCACUGUGGUUGUUCUGCUCUUCAUGAUGAGGGAGAAACAAGAAAAAGCUGGUAAAAGUGUCGACCUUGAAGAAAACUCGGAGGAUAACCAACCGACAAUCAUAGCGGGAAACAUCUUUCUCGAGAAUCUUCAACAGGCUAUUGAUCUAGACGCAGUUGUGAAAGCAACUCUGAAGGAAUCAAACAAACUCAGCACAGGAACUUUCAGUUCGGUCUACAAAGCAGUCAUGCCUUCUGGGAUGAUCAUUUCGGUGAAGAAACUCAAGUCUGUGGACAGAACCAUAACCCAUCAUCAAAACAAAAUGAUCAGAGAGCUGGAAAGGCUUAGCAAGCUUUGCCAUGAUCAUUUGGUCAGACCAAUCGGGUUCGUGAUUUAUGAAGAUGUCGCUCUGCUGUUGCAUCAGCAUUUCCCCAACGGGAUUUUAGCCCAGUUGCUUCAUGAGUUCACCAAGAAACCAGAGUACCAACCUGACUGGCCAACAAGACUGUCUAUCGCCAUUGGAGUAGCACAAGGGUUAGCAUUUCUCCACCAUGUCGCCAUCAUUCACCUCGAUAUUUCCUCAAGCAACGUUUUUCUGGAUGCCGGGUUCAAACCCGUACUCGGAGAAAUCGAGAUAUCAAAGCUCCUAGAUCCAUCUCGAGGCACUGCAAGUAUCAGUGCAGUUGCAGGCUCAUUCGGCUACAUUCCUCCAGAAUACGCGUAUACAAUGCAAGUUACCGCACCAGGAAAUGUCUAUAGCUAUGGGGUUGUGUUGCUUGAGAUACUCACCUCGAGAGAGCCGGUAGACGAGGAAUUUGGUGAAGGAGUGGAUUUGGUGAAGUGGGUCCAUGGAGCUUCAGCAAGAGGAGAAACACCAGAGCAGAUACUGGACGCAAGGCUUAGCACAGUGUCCUUUGCUUGGAGGAAAGAAAUGCUAAUGGCUCUGAAAGUGGCAUUACUCUGCACUGAUAUCACUCCGGCAAAACGGCCAAAGAUGAAAAAAGUUGUGGAAAUGCUUCAGGAGAUCAAGCAGAGCAAGUGAAGAGAGGACAAUGAUGGCCACACCCCUGAAUGGAUGUAACUUUGUAUCCAUAUUUAUAAGCUUUUUGGUACACAGGGAUGUAACUUUGUAUCCAUAUAUAUAUAAAAAAGCACUGAAGAAAAAGCUUGCUCUUC